GUUGUCGGUCUCUAAGCUGGGCCCUAACUUCCAUGCUGGCUGUGCGGUCCUCCCAUUGAGCUCCUGUGCUUGUGAUCUGAUCCGAUCCGCGGCCUAGCGCUAGCUGCCAACACGUCUACAGACUGAUCGUUUCCCCACGAAGUUCUGGUAUCAGCGAAGGAUUAUACAUAAUUUGGUUUGGUGUUAGCACAGACACAUUGGACAAUGGACGGAGGAGUGACAGUCAUCACCAACCCCACUGUGAAUUUGCGCUUGACCAGCACUCUCAUUGCGUUUGAGACUCAGCGCAGAUUCAACAAAGGUAUCAGCAUAGCGGAGUUUAAGGGGAAGUUGGAGCUUCUUGUGGGCACACCUGCCUCCUGCAUGGACCUGGAGCUGUUCAGCAUCAGCGACAAGUUCCUGCAGAAACUUGAUGAGAACGAAGCCCUGCUCGGUUCCUAUCCUGUGGAUGAUGACUGCAGAAUACAUGUCAUUGAUCGAAGUGGCGCUCAGACAGGGGAGUACACUGACGUAUCUAAAGUGGAGAAGUUUGAAAUCUCAGAUGAUGCUUAUGAAAAAAGAACAGAAUCUGCUCGGUCAUUCAUGAAGAAACAUCGCAUUGGCCGCUACAAUGAGGAAGAAGUGGCCAAGAAGGAAGCUGAGCUUGCUACUCGGGAGGCCGAGGAAAAGGCCGCUGCUGAUGCCAUCGCCGUCGGCAGCCGCUGCCAAGUUCAAGUCUCUGGGCAGCCCACUAAGCUUGGCACAGUUAUGUAUGUUGGUACGACAGAUUUCAAGCCAGGCUAUUGGGUGGGUGUGAAGUAUGAUGAGCCACUGGGUAAACACGAUGGGAGUGUCAAAGGGAAGCGGUAUUUUGAGUGUGAGAACAAAUAUGGUGCAUUUGUGAAGCCCCUGAGUGUGGUGGUGGGAGACUUCCCGGAGGAGGAUUAUGGCCUGGAUGAAAUGUAAGGCGAGGACGUCACCUUGUCAAAGGGGUGGAGGUGAUUUCAGAUUUCAGUCAGCAGUGACCUCCUGACGUCGUUAGUGUGCCAACACGAGAUGACAGGAGUGGCACCGUGUUUGCAACUGAUGUCAUCGUUGUGUUUUGUGCUAGUGCAGGAAGGCGUGAGUCUAAAUCCAAAGAGCUGUGUCAGAAGGUUUUUAGUAACCUCUGUUGUUCCCUCAGAAACACCAGUGCAACCUGUUCAAGGUGUCUUUUUGGUAGAACUUGGGGUGUUAAAUAUGAGCAUAACAAAGGAUGUUCACUAAAGAGGAGCUCAGAUCAACAAGGUUUGAUAAAGAACAGUUUAAAAAAUAUCUUUGUUGCAUGUAAACUCAGCAUAAUGAGGGUUUUGAAGUGUUCCUUCAUUAAAUCACUUCAGUUUCGUUCACUGUCUGUAGUUGUACUCUGUGCUCCCUGCUUGUCACAGUAAGGGAGUCAGUUCUUCGUUCUCUGUAAUCUAACAAGCUGUUAGGCAGUUUGGAUACCAGCUUCAUCGCCACUUUGUUGAUCUGUUAAGUCUGAUCAGUCUGUACAAAGAUAAUUAUGUAUAAUUGUUUAUACUUAGCUAGACCUACCUAGUUAUUUUAUUAAUGUUUGUUUAAGACUGUAAAUAGUUAAGAGACUGGCACAAAGAUAUUUUUGGCUUGUACAACUGUCUGUUGAAGGAAAAAUUCACCCAUCAUUUAAACACUGUUUAAAAGACACAAUUGGCCAUGUGCUUGCAUUCCAUUUUGUUGUCCUCUGUAUUAUUUUUAUUUUUAUUUUGUCGUAGAUAAGUGGCCAUAUAGUGAUGGCAUGGUGUCACAUCAACAGUUCCUGCUCAGCUACAGUUUAGAUGUUUUAAGACAUCAGAGGUGGACACAAGGAUGUGUUGUCAGAAUUAAAGAGAAAAUGUUUAUUUCUGCAUUCACUAUUGUGCAUGGAACUUAAACAUUCAUAAGUUCCAAGACCGUAAUGCAAAGCCACUUCAGAUAUAUUUUGAGUAAAAGGCAAGACUCUCUGCUUUCUCUCUGCUGGAAAGUAUCAGGCUCUUGCCUUUUCUUGCACUAUAAUAUUGCUCUUUCCAACAGUGCAAAUCCCAGAUCCAUGUAACAGGCUUGGAUGGAUUUUCAGGGAUCUGUCAAAAGUCAUUCUGGGAAACGUGGGAAAUCAGUAAUUGAAGUGCAGAACAACAGAAAGGCAACUGUCAACACUUAAAGGUGGAAUGAAGUACAUUGAAUUCCACAGAUUUAUUCAUAACAGUGUGAGAAUAUCUGAGGCUGGAGUUUUCCUUUCAACAGCGUGAAAUGUUUCGACUUUGUCCUUUUUUUUUCUUGGCAGCCCUGUUCAGUGGGAUAUUCGACAAAGCAAGAUUAGAAAGUUAACCAGAUACCUGUGGUUAGGGAACUGAUACGUCCUGGUGUAUCACUUCAGUGUUGUCACCAGGCUGUAUCAGUGCACUAUCACCAGUGUCCUCAGUGUUGAACAAAAUUUCAGAAGAUAGUUUGUGGCACUUGCUAAAGUUAUGUUGUUAUGUGGAAAAGACCCCUGGACCUCCUUCUGCCAAUGUUGUGGAUAAAUGAUGCAGUUAACCUGAUUAUUCUGUUACUGAACCCCUCACUUGAUUUAAUUUUUGUUGGAGUUUCAAUCCUCUGCACUUUACUAAAAAGUCAUGAACAUGUCUUUCGGAGGAGAUUAAUCACCAGGAGAAAAUAUUUGAAUUGCAUAAAUUUGGGUUUGCUGUCCUAACAUUGAACCAUUGAAAUGAUAAUAAUAAUAAUAAUGAUGAUAAUUAAUGAAUGUUUUGAAUUUGUACCCAGUCCUCAGGCGUUUGUCUUAAUGAAUUCUGACUGAAUUGAGAAAACAUCACCUGUAGUGACAUUCAGUAUCAAAUUGUGCAUUACAUUUUUAAAUUCAUUUAUUUAAAAAAAAAAAUGCAUAAAUUGAAUUCAGUAUUGCAAUGUGAGCAUGUUUAUGCAGUUAAAAUACAGUCUCUUAUGGCACUAAUCUCCUUCCGUACUUGUGGCAGGCUUAAUUUUUGUUGAUAAGGUUUUGGUUUGAGGUGAGGCAUAGCUAGCUGGAGGGGAUGAUAUUUUCUGAAACGUGCAGACGGUGUUAUUUCUGCCUGGCGUAUCCUUUGUUUAAACUUAAUACAAGCCAUGUUUUUACUGAGAUUCAUGAUGCACCUUUACAGAUAUUCUUCUGACCACAAACAAUUAUAGCACCAUUACAACUUAUCACACAUUUGUUAACAGGCUGAAUGUCCAAAGUUAAUAUUCAAAACAUACAAGCCCCGGCCAAACCAGUUCUACUGCCACGUGUUGACUGCUUCUGUGUGUCUUAAGCCCUUUUCACUCGGCUAACACACUUAGCCCGGGGUUAAGGAUUCACACUCGGUGCCCAAGGUUAGUGUUCUUAUAACACGUGUAGCACAGUUUUGAUUGGAUGACAAACCCUCUGGUGCUAUAACCUCGAUUCACGCUGUAGUCCUUAACCCUGACUUUUUGAUGGCCUGAGAGAGGGGACAUCCCACAGUCUAAGUUGUAAGUGUGAAAAGAGAGUUAACCCAGGGCCAAGUGUGAAAAGGGCUUCUGUCACAGAUUAUCAUUUUGUGUCCAGUCUCUUUGUCAGUAGUCUGUAAUGCCGCUGUUCAGCCACUUCUGUCACUCCCCAGUCGACUGUUUACCUUUACAACGCUUCUCAAACAGGUGACAGUAUUUUAUUCUUUCUUUAAUUUGUUGCCUGUUCAAAAUGAUCAACUCAUGAAAGUGAUAACUUUCCAUGCUUUCUCAUCCUCUAAAACGUAGAGAAGUGUAAAUACUCAAAGGAAGAUGAAUUAUUCUUGUAGUUUCUUUUCAAUGAAAUGCCCCCUCCCUACCCCCCGCACACACUUACAUCCCAAAAAAUGAAAUGUUGUCUCUUUACCUUUUUUUUAAUUUUAAAGGUGCUGGUGUUUUUUUAUAUGUGCCAAAGGAUUAUUCUAUCUUAUGCAUAAUAAAAUUGACUUGCCAGUACAGUA